AUGGCUAGCGCUUCGACACGAGUGGCCGAAGACGGAGCCACCCCGCCUUCCUCCUCACCUUCCCAUGCUGGCGUUGACCAAUACUUCAUCGCUAUUGGUAUCGACUUUGGAACCACUUAUUCUGGUGUUUCCUGGACAAGAUCCCACGAAUGGAAUCCCAAUGAUCCACGAUACAUUUACGAUGUCAUGAGUUGGCCAGGGGACCCCGACCAUUAUCAACAAAGACUGGACGAAGCACAAGUACCUACCUUGGUGGACCCGGAAACCGGAGCCUGGGGAUAUCAUUGCCUCUCACCCACCAGCAAUCCCAUACGGUGGUUCAAGCUCCUGCUUCUUCGUGAAAGCGACGCAGGAGUUGAUGUGCGGAGUAGUAAACAGCUCAUUGAAGCCCGUUCGAGACUCCAAAAAAGUCAACGCUACCAGAAGACGGGUCUAGUCGGCCUCAUUGCUGAUUUUCUGAGGGGAGUAUGGGAGCAUGCGUUGGAAGAAAUUGGGCGCGAAGUUGAGGGGCUCGAUGGAGUGCCCUUGAAGGUAGCCAUCGCCACUCCUGCCAUGUGGCCUGAGUAUGCCAACAAGACGAUGAUAGAAGCGGCGCACCUCGCUGGUAUCACGGACCCACCCCCGUUCAGAUUCGUUACCCUUUCUUGGGUUCAGGAACCCGAGGCCGCGGCUCUCUGCACGUUGAGAGAAAAGCUCAAACGCCCUGUAAAAAGAGGAGAGACAUUCAUGGUUUGUGAUUGUGGAGGCGGAACAAUUGAUAUUAUCACCUACACUAUUGAGUCUGUCCACCCCCUUCGAUUCAGGGAAGCUGUUGAAGGCGCUGGUAAACUUCGCGGUGCCUUCCUUAUCGACCAAGCAUUCGAAAAUCAUAUUACGAUUGGUAACAGGUCCCGGCCCGGCAUCCGAAACAGCAAGGAAUUCCGGGAUUUUGUCGACCAUGCGUGGGAGUAUGGGCUGAAACGCAACUUUCACACGCCAGCCUCAGAUAACCGUGAGAGGAUUGUUGAGCCUGUCAGGUUGGAGAACCUACCACGGGGUCUGAUUCCCAAGCAUGGCCUGGACAGGUUGGUGGGUAGAGGAAAGCCGACUGACAUAGUAUUCAUCGAAAGAGCUGUUGUGGAACAGUGGUUCUCUGCCAGCUACACGGGAAUUCGGUUUCUUAUCGGCGAACAGCUCCAGCGGCUCAAGGCGGCAGGAGCCAAGUCGCCUAGCAAAAUAUUUCUUGUUGGCGGCCUUGGCUCCUCGCGAUACCUGCAUUCAAUUCUCAACAGGCAGUUCAACAACAUCUUACAGGUCAGAAGGACGUGGUCCGCCGUUGCUCGUGGAGCAACCAUGGCUCUUCUCGAGGGGAUCUCUAUCAACUCCAAGGUGGUCAGACAGAGCUACGGGAUCCAAGCUUUGGUGCCCGAAAGCGAACAUAAUGGACCUAGAUAUCAGCCCCUGAAAGACGAGAUGUACAUAGGACGUGACGGCGUUUCGCGUAUGAAGAGAAUGUUGUGGUACUUCAAAGAAGGCGACCGUGCAGAUUCCAACGGGACGAAAGUCUCACAUCGAGUUUUUAUCGACUUUGACAGCCGGCAUAACACCGAUCUCGUCAUCGAAGUUUGCUUGUGUAACUCUGACAACCCCCCACCGAGGAAGGACAAGACGGUCAAGCCUAUGUGUCGUUUCCGAUGUCCAAUGAGGGCUCUGGAAUAUGGAGACUGGCAGAAAUUGGUUGAUGAUGAGGGGAUGGUGACCCGAAUUAGGCUCAACAACGUUAUGCUGUCGAUGAUCUUUGAUGGUGAGCUCAGGUGUAUGUUGAGGACUGGAGAUGAUCAUGCGGAGUUUGAGCUGGAAAUGGAGCCUGUUGUAGAGUCGGAGAUGGAGGAUGGAUUUGAGGGACGCUGCCGGAUUGGAUUCCUCUAG